AUGUGUGCGGCGCCGGCCGCACGGAGGACGCCGGCGCUCGUGCGGGCGCUGCUGCUCCUCGCGCUCGCCCUCGCGGCCCUUGCGGCGGGCGUCGCAGCGCAGCGGCGGCCGCCGCUGCGGGCACGCUUCGCGCCGCUGGGCGACGUCGCGCUCAUCCCGCGCCUCCUCGACGCCGCCCCACUGCUCGACCACCGCGACUCGGCGUCGCUGCUCUCGCGCAUCCUCGUGCCGCGCGUGCCCGGCACGGCGGCCUCGCAGCGCGUGGCAGAUGCGCUGCUGGCGCCUUUCGAGGCCAGCAGCAAGUCCGGCGGCCUCGGCUGGCACAUCGAGCGGCUGCCCUUUGUGGCGCAGACGCCGCAUGGCAAGCAGAGCAUGACGAACCUCGUCGUGACGAAGAACCCGGCGUCGCCGCGGCGCCUCACGCUGGCGGCGCACUACGACUCGAAGAUCAUGCCCAAGGGCUUCAUCGGCGCCACGGACAGCGCCGCGCCGUGCGCCAUCCUCGUCGACACAGCCAUGGCGCUCGACAGGGCGCUGGACGCAGCGGAGCGCAGAUGGGCAAAGGAGGGCAGCGGCGGCGACGUGACGCUGCAGAUUGUCUUCUUCGACGGCGAAGAGGCGUACGAGCAGUGGACGCACACAGACAGCAUCUACGGCAGCAAAGACUUGGCCCAGAACUGGACUCGCUCUGCCCACUCGCCGCCGCAUGCUCCUCUCGUGGGCGCUGCCACGCUGUCGACCAGCCGCUUCUCAAUGCUGCGGCCCGCGCGGCACAUCGACACGAUCGAGCACCUGGUGCUGCUCGACCUGCUCGGUGCCAAGAGUCCGCAGAUCCCCUCGUACUUCCACCCGACCGCCUGGCUGCACGACAAGGUGAGGUCGGCGCAGCGCCGGCUGCUGGAUGCCAAGGCGUUCUGGCCGCCGAAUGAAUCGAGCCGCAGCGGCGAGGACUGGUUCAACGGCCACAGCUGGGGCGGCAUCGAGGAUGACCAUCUGCCGUUCCUGGCUGGCGGCGUGCCCGUGCUGCAUCUCAUCCCGAGUCCCUUUCCACGCGUGUGGCACACCAUGGGCGACGACGCCAGCGCGCUGGACUACGGCACCGACUACGGCUGGGCAAUGAUCAUGCGUCUCUUCGUCGCGGAGUAUCUCGGCUUGGGCCCGGACCUGGCAGCCACAGCACAGCCCUCGGUGCGCGACGCUGCCGAACAGGCGCGGCGAGCUCAGGAGGCGCAGCGCGAAGAGCAGAUCCGGGCCGGUGCCGCCAUCGACGUCGAGCCGCAAGGGCCGCGGCCAAGAGACGAGCUUUAAUCUACUUAGAUCGAAUGUCACGCGCGUGCAGAAUGGGU